CCAAAAUUUCAGACUUCGCGCCUAUUGUAGAAAGGAUUAUUAUUGUCGAUGUUGUUGUUGUUGUUGUGAUGUUAAUCCAUUCAAGCAUCUGUCCGUGUGUCCCUCUCUCUCUGCCAUCACUACAGUUUACUGUAGACUAAUGUUGUCAGUCAAAGUGACGAGAAUGACUCAAGAGCUUAACUGCCAGUGUCUCUGGUAGAGGGCGACACUUAGCAGGAUCCACCAUCUUGCACAAGCAACAAUAAACGAAUCAAACUGAAAUCAUUGAUGUCUUCGAAGGGAGCAGUAAUCUGGAGACGGACAUCCAAUUGCAAAGCAGAAACUGGUUCAUCAAUGACUCCGAGAAGUUGGUUGUUUUAAUGACUGCAAUUAGAAUAAUUAGAAGGAGAUGAAAGUUAAUCAAGUGAUAGAAGACAAUUAAUUAACGACAACCAAAGUGGAGGAACCAGAAUGGAUUUGCGGAGAUAUGUCAGUGCCGAUGAUCUUUUACAUUUGUAUGAAAGAGAUAAAACUCCAAGACAAAAGCAAUCCACUGGACGGAAAUAUCGGACUCUACAACGAACUAACGAACAUCUCCCUUCACCUCUUCUUGAUUCUCCAAAAAUGAACAUGGACUUGGCACCGUUGUCUCCAUCGAGAACAGCAGAGAAUCAUAACUUAAGCUCAGCUGUAAAAAGUGCUUACAUCAGUAAUGAAUACCUGAGAAUAAGGGAUUUCAUAAACCGAACGGAUCCAGACAUAUUGCAACAAAUUCUUCUCAGAACACUGGAGUACCGUAACUCAAAGGACAUUAUAGCCCUGGGCAUUAUUUUCCCCCGUAACCACUUCUCAACAUACAACAACUACCACUGUGCCCGCUGCCACAAACAAUAUAACCCGAUGGACAGGGAGCAUUGUUUGUUGCGCCAUUCAGUUCAGUAUGUGCGUAAAAUUCAACAAGACGACCGAGGGUCGAAUUUUUUCUGUCGGCUCUGUGGUAAAACUUUCUAUCUUAAGAAUGUCUUCAUUUAUACAGAGAAAAUAACGAAUCAAAACACGGGUUAUUGUUUUGUUGGUCUGCACACCAAUGAUGCUCGUCUCGUUAAAUAUGGAGGGGAGGCAAAGACCUGUGAGGAAUAUGGUUGCGUAGAAUUUUACGUGUGAGCCUUUGACACUAACCUUAGCCAGUGGCACCAAUAAGGUAGCCUCUUCAGGGUUGGCUGGCCUGCCUGCUAAACAUAGCAGCCAUAUAUCUUCAAGUCACAUCCUACUAUCUUGAAAAUAAAAGGGAAAGGAAGACAUAUUUGAUAAUGUACAAUGAGAGAAACAGUCUGAAAAGCUGGAGGGUCAAGGAUGGAAGGCUUUUUUACCAUUGAUUAUUUUGAUGCCUAAUUCAGCAGCAGCUUAACAGUAACACCAGGGUUAUUUUUACAAUUGAUUCAUGUAUUGUAUUUUAGUGACCCCUAAGUAUAAUUCCAAACCCAAUAAUAGCUUUGACCCCACCAGACUCCAACCCAUAUUCUAAAAAUGAACCCAAAUGUUAGCUUUUGAAGUUUUCAAUCAGUCGAUAAAGUCAGGGAACACAAAGUCUUUCUGCAGCAUUUCACAACUGGGUAGGAAAGGAGGCUUCCAUGAAUUGAGGCUCCUGCAAGAAAUAUUACUAUACUUUAAACCUUAACUGUGACCCUAACCCUCAAAUCAAAACAAUGUGAGUUAUAUGAAAUAAGAAAAGUCAAUAGUAAAUAUUUUUAUGUUGAUUUUUUGACAUUUUGGGCUUAAGAUUCCUUCUUCAGGAAAUCUCCAGCGAUUUGGUGUCAUAAGCUGGCUUUUCUAUUCUGUAGUGUGUCUGUACAGAGGGGCUGCUUUGCAUGCACGGGACAGCAUUUCUGUAAUAGCCAGACAGCUGUGUGCUACUAAGUCCUGUUGUUUAUACAGGGUUUGGUUUUGUUGAUGAUGAUGGCUUCUUUUAUUCUCAGGUUUCCAACUUUUCAUUCCAUGAUAUCAGUUGAAAGCUGGAUGACUUGAGUAUGGCAUUCCAGUAGGUAAUAAACAUAUAUAAUUACAAGUUUUAUGAAUAAGAUUUCCUUGAUAGAUGGAACAUAUUUCAAGAGAUGCCCGAGGUUGGAAAAUUCUGACCUUAGAAUGAUGCAAAAUAAAUAAGCAAAUAAAUAAAUAAAUAAAUAAAACAUAAUAUCUAAAUUUAAACCAUUAACCAAUAGGGAAACUAAAUUACUACAACAACAUUUGCUGUGAGGAACACAAUGACCAGUACAAUUAUAAGAACACCUAUAACAACAGCAACAACAACAUCAAGUGAGCAUCGAAGUAACCACUAGACCUGCCAGAAAUAACAACUAAAUCUUCAUUAAAUUGUACCCUACCAUCUUAUACAAAGAAAGAACACAAAGAAAAUCUAGAUACCUUUAGAAGACAGGGUGGCUAUGCCUGGAAUGCAUUUUAUCAUAGAGUGGCUUAAUCAUGGUUGACCUGGGGCUAAACAACGUCAGUAGCAACAUCCACUUUAUGGGUCAAUGAAGGGGCCUCUACAUGAUCAUUUGAUCUCCUAGAAAUAACAGCUAAAUCUCCCAUAAAUCACAUCCUAGAGUUAUAGUAUAGACCUAUGUCACACUCUACUUUAAAAAAUCAUAAAAUUGUGAAACCAGUUAAAGUUCAUGUAAAUAAAUCUUCUUAAAGACUCCAA